AUGUGUGAGGGUGCUAGGCAACAGGAGGCGCUGAUGACGUACGAGAGGGAACUCUGGGAGUUUCCUGAGGGCUUCUGGGAGCUCGACUGGUCUUGGCUCAAUGGAUCAGUGAUUCCUGACUGGAAGGACCAGGAGUGGAAUAAAGAAAAACCUGACUCCUACGCAGGGAUCUUCCACUUCCGGUUCUGGCGGUUCGGUGAGUGGGUGGAUGUGGUGAUCGAUGACCGGCUGCCAACGGUGAACAACGAGCUGGUGUACUGUCACUCCAAUGACAACAACGAAUUCUGGAGCGCGCUGGUGGAGAAGGCCUACGCCAAGAUGUACGGCUGCUAUGAGGCGCUGGACGGGGGCAACACGGCCGAUGCUCUCGUGGAUUUCACUGGGGGCUUGUCAGAGCCAAUGGACUUGACGGAGAUUGGAUUAAACGAGGAUAAAGAGUUGCGCGACGAGCUGUUUGAUACAGUCCUAAAGGUUCACGACAGAGGAGGCCUCAUCAGCUCCUCAAUCCGGGCAACCAGUGAAUCAGACAUCGAGGCCAGGCUGGACUGCGGUCUGGUGAAGGGCCAUGCCUACGCGGUGACAGACGUCCGGAAGGUGAGGCUGGGCCACGGCCUGCUGGCCUACUUCAAGUCAGACAAACUCAACAUGAUCCGCUUGAGAAACCCCUGGGGACAGAGAGAGUGGAACGGGCCCUGGAGCGACAGCUCUGAAGAGUGGCUGAAGGUCAGCAAGAGUGAGAGGGAGAAAAUCGGAGUCACUGUGCAGGAUGAUGGAGAGUUCUGGAUGACAUUUGAUGACUUCAUUGCUAACUUCACAGACAUGAUACUGUGUCGUCUCAUCAACACAUCCUACCUGAGUUUCCAUAAGACCUGGGAGGAAGCCGUGAUUCGGGGCUCCUGGCGCCAACAUGACGACCCACUUCACAACCGAGCCGGCGGCUGUGCCAACAACAAGUACUCCUUCCUCCAGAACCCACAGUACAUGUUUGAUGUGAAGAAGCCGGAGGACGAGGUUCUGUUCUGUCUGCAGCAGAAAGACCGCAGAGCCACACUGAGAAGCGGACGAGGAGAAAACCUGCCUAUUGGUUUCGACAUACACAGGGUGGAGUUAAACAGGACCUACCGGAUGCACGCCACCCAGCAGAAAGUCGGUGGGAGCGUCUACAUCAACUCGAGGUCUGUGUUCUUACGAAUUGACCUGAAAGAGGGGCGCUACGUCGUCAUACCCACAACCUUUGAACCCGGCCUGGAGGGAGACUUCCUGCUCCGCAUCUUCACAGACGUGGCCUCCGGCUGCAAGGAGUUGACUCUAGAUGAGCCUCCACAGACCUGCUGGUCUGGAAUGUGUGGUUAUCCUACUCUGGUCACUCAGGUCCACGUAAUGAACGCAAAUGGACUCAUAGGAAAAGACUCCGAAGAAGUGUCGGGACCCUACGUGGAUCAUUUCGUUGUGGAAGGAGAGAAAGGUUUCGCUCUCCGGUCCAUAGCAAGCGACACGCCAAGACCCCGUCUUCGACAGAUCAAGGGGCCUCUUUCUACAGGAAGAAACAAAUCUAACAACCCACCAAAAACAAAUUGGAUUCUUUUUGUGACUACGCUCCACCUGAGGGACAAAGGUGAUCACCGUGACAACGACCUUCCUGGAACCAUCACCGUUGCCAUAGUAACCACUACGUUGCUCACCAACAUCUAA